AUGGACGACCCCAACAGACCUCAGCGCAAAAUGUCCACGGCAGGGGACAGCCUGUACAAAGUCCUAGGCUUGCAAAAGGGAGCAUCGCCCGAACAGAUAAAAAAGGCCUACAGAAAGCUGGCGCUGCGGCACCACCCAGACAAGAACCCUGACAACCCCGAAGCAGCUGAAAAGUUUAAGGAGAUCAACAACGCAAACUCCAUCCUGAGUGACGAGAACAAGCGUAAGAUCUACGACGAGUAUGGCUCCAUGGGCCUCUAUAUAGCCGAGCAGUUUGGCGAUGAGAGCGUCAAGUAUUACUUCCUCAUGUCCAAGUGCUGGUUCAAGGCCUUGCUGGUGUGUUGUGGCAUCUUUACCUGCUGUUGCUGCUUUUGCUGCUGCUGCUUCUGCUGCGGCAAGUGCAAGUCUCCCGAGGAGGACGAAAGAGACUUCUAUGUGAACCCAGAAGACCUGGAGGAGGAGAUCAGGGAUCAGGACGAAGCACGAGACUCUGUUAUAGUUAUUCAGCCCAGUUCGUCCGCCACUGCCGACACUUCUGGCAAAGCUGAUGCCAUGUCAGGCGAGGACAUACCCAUCGUGAUUCAGCCUCUCCCCAGUAAUGGCUCUACUUCCUCCACUGCCGCCGUGUACCUGAAACUGGAGCAGUGA